AUGUCAAAGUCAGCGCAAAUGGAGAAAGAACAACAUGAGAAAAUCAGAGAGCAAUUCUUGAGGGACCUCUUCACAGAAGACAAUUCGGAACACGGAUUUAACAUCUUUGAGGAAGAGGAACCUAAAACAAAAAGGUAUAGUUCAGAGGUUAAAAUCCAGAUGGGUGGACACAAGGCGAUCAAUGUGAAGGAACCAAAAAAGAACAGGUCGGAGGUCAAAAUCCAGAUGAGCAAACCUGUGGGACCAAAAAGAUUCAGAUCUGAGGUUAAGAUCCAGUUAAAGAAACCUAAGCCAGCCAGACCUAUAAGGAAAGCAACGGAUAUACCUAACGGUGUAAGUCCAUGGAAACCAAGAACUGCCCCACCUAAAGCCAGACCAAUGCCGUUACCAAGGAAGAAACUUCGGGAUGUAAAACCAACUCCACCACCAAGGAUACGAAAGCCAGUGAAACAGUAA